GCUUGCCUUGGCAAACACCACAGUCCUGCGAUGCACCAUGCCCUCCGUGGGAAGCCAAGUGGACAGACGUUGGAAGGGGCAGCACAUCUCAAGGAUGCGCUCGGGCCGUUGGAGAACUGCAGCCAAAUGCCAUGGAGUCUCUGCAGACAUUCAGGAGAAAGCCGAAGAACGUGUGCCAGAACGACAUUCGUUGCGUGAGGCGGAAUUCGCUGGCAUUUUGCCAGGGGUGCCUCAUUGA